GUGCAUUGUAAACCGGUUGUUAAACCACUACAAAUGUUGAGCUACUGUCAGAUGAGGUAAAAAAUGGCCUCCAGUGUUUUACGUUACGGAUUGUCUGCCGAGAAAAUGGGCACCCGAUUAUUAUUAAAAAAAUCUCUUCAACAGUUGCAGAACCCCCAGCAAUUGAGCAGAGGUCUCUCAGUUGGCAGUGGAAAAUAUACCGACAAACGAGACAUUGUGAUCUCCGGUCUGAACAUAAUGAACACACCACUGGAAGCGAUUGAACGCAAUCGUGCCAGCAAAGGUCUCAUCGAGGUCAGUGACCAGGAAGACGUGUCAGUAGUCUCGGGUGUACCUGAGGAGCACAUACACACUAGGACUGUUCGUAUUUAUCAGCCAGCAAAAAAUGCAAUGCAGUCUGGAACGAAUAACAUCAAUUUUUGGCAAAUUAACUUUGAUACACGAGAACGCUGGGAGAAUCAGCUGAUGGGUUGGUGCUCAACAGGUGAUCCACUAUCAAAUGUCAAAUGUGAAUUCCAAACGAAAGAAGAAGCUAUCGAACACUGUGAGAAGAUGAAGUGGAAGUGGUACGUGCAAGCACCGAACUACUCAGCCCCAAAGCCUCGUUCGUACGGUGCUAAUUUUGCUUGGAAUAAACGCACCAGAGUAUCCACCAAAUAAUUUAAGUCAAAGGUAACUUAUAAAUGAUAUUUCUAAUCCUGUGCAGUAGUGAAAGUGUACGGAUAAUGCUGAAAUUCAGAUGAAAAUAUCAACAUGUACAAAGAUUAACUGGUUGUUCAAAUGAAAAUAAAUUCUCUGUUGAACUCAUUA